UGUGAGACGCCGCUCGUGAGCUGGGAGCUGGGGAGGGGGAACAGAUGGAGACAGGUGCGCCCCCACAGGGGCACGUGUGGGGACACGUGGAGGUUUCACCUUCAGUCCAGGAUUCGCAUCCCCUGCCCUGGGGUCGCCCACUUACUUCUCGUGCGUCCACACCGGCUGGAAACCCGCACCCCCUCUUCUCCUCCCUGGCGAGGGGCGGGGGGGGGUCGACCCCGAGAGCGAACGGAACCCCGCCCCUCCCUUGUUACUGAGGAGCCCCGCCCCCUCCCGCCGCCCGGCGGAGCUCCGCCCCCGCCCCGCUCCGGCCCCCGCCCCCCGCCCGGCCACCAAGCUCCCCUCGCUUAGUCUGGUUGGCCCCAUGUUACUGAGCGGAGCUCCUCCCGCGGGCUCCGGCCCGGGGCAGCGGGCGCAGGGGAGCUCGGGGAGCGGCCCGGGGGGGUCGCGCCGAGGCGCCGGGGGAGCGGGAGCCGGCCCAGGAGGGGGCGGCAGUGGCGGAGUGGCCAAGUGGCUCCGGGAGCACCUGGGCUUCCGCGGAGGGGGCGGCGGCGGAGGUGGGGGCAAGCCGGCGCCCCCGGAGCCGGACUACCGUCCCCCCGCACCCUCCCCGGCCGCGCCCCCUGCGCCACCCCCGGACAUCCUGGCCGCCUACCGGCUGCAGAGGGAGCGCGACUUCGAAGACCCGUACUCUGGGGGGCCGUCCAGCUCCGCUGCUUCCCCAGCCACCCCCGCCGUCCCCGGCCCCACGCCGCCCCCGCGCCACGGCUCGCCUCCCCACCGCCUUAUUCGGGUUGAGACCCCUGGCCCCCCAGCGCCCCCUCCCGAGGAGCGGAUCUCUGGACCCCCCGCCAGCAGCGACAGGUUGGCAAUCCUGGAAGACUAUGCGGACCCAUUUGACGUUCAGGAGACUGCUGAAGGCCCAGCAGGAGCUUCAGGAGCUCCAGAGAAGGUCCCUGAAAAUGAUGGCUACAUGGAGCCCUAUGAGGCCCAAAAGAUGAUGGCUGAGAUCCGGAGCUCCAAGGAGACAGCAGCUCAGCCCCUGCCUCUGUAUGACACGCCCUAUGAGCCAGAGGAGGAGGGGACCACCCCAGAGGGUGAGGGGACCCCCUGGCCCCGGGAGUCCCGUCUGCCAGAGGAUGAUGAGAGGCCCCCUGAGGAGUAUGACCAGCCCUGGGAAUGGAAGAAGGAGCGGAUUUCCAAAGCCUUUGCAGCUUGCCUGCAGGGGACACCCAGAAUGGGUGGGCCUGGACGGCGAGGGACCCAGCAGAGAUGCCCCCCUUCCUCUCUCUCAUCCUCAGCUGGUACCACGGGGCCAUCAGUCGAACAGAUGCCGAGAACCUGCUCCGCCUGUGCAAAGAGGCCAGCUACCUGGUGCGCAACAGUGAGACCAGCAAGAAUGAUUUCUCCCUGUCCCUCAAGAGUAGUGCCUGGUAGAGCCUGCACUCCGCAUGGCAGCCUUUCAGAAUCCUGUGUCCAUUCACAUCCUGCCAUCGCUACUGGGACAUCUGUACCACAUCCUACCACAUUUCCUGGGGGCAUUAGAGUACAUGUAUACUCCCUCUUCAAGCAAAUAUAUACAGAGAUUUGGGACCACUACACAGUUACAUUUGAGGAUAAUUAUUCAACUUCAACUAAAAGAUGAUGGGGGAAAUGCCAGAAUAUAGUCAAAUAACCUGAAUUUUAUUCUUGGGCUUAAUAAAACUAGCUAUGUGACCCUAGGCAAAUCAUGGAGCCUCUCUGGGCCUUGGUUUCUCUCUUUGCAAAAUGCAUUGAUGGAUUUAGGUUUCUUGAAGCUCUCAUACUCUCGGAAUCUGCAAAUUAUCAUAAAGUCAAAGGAGCAUUUAGAUAAUGUUCAUCUGUCAAAAAUUUGAUUUAUAUAAUACUAGGAAUGUGUAUUGCUUUAAUAGUUAAGUUUCAUAGAGCAUCUACUCUGUGCCUAGCAGCAUAUACACCCUCUCCAAACCAACUACCAACCUGCAAGAUCAAUCUCUUUUUUGUAGACAGAAAUAAAUACAAAGAGGCGUGUGACUUGCUCAAGGCUGCUAGGUAAUCAAGUGCCAAAAACAGGAUUUGAACCCAGCUGAGUCCGCUACAAGAACCACACUAUUUCAUUGCAUAGCUCCACCCCCUCAUUCAGUGUGGUAUAGUCCAGGUCUGGGGGAGAGACCUCAAAGGUCUGGCUCCUAGAGCAGAGCUGGGCUCUGCCUCAGCCUGGGAAGCAAAAGGGGGAGGGUAGGCCUGGAUGCCACUUCAGCUCAGGCUGAUCUGGCCCCACCGACUGCCGGCUGCCAGAGCCUCGUUUACAUAUAAAUGGCUUCUCUGAAAUACAAUUAUGGUUUCUCUACUCUCUGUAAUGGAAGGGCUUUCACUGGUAAUUAAACAGCUUCCUCCAAAAGCCAUGUCAGCCCUGGCCCUGCGGCCCAGCUAGUCCCACCCAGGCUCCAGAGGGUUGGGCAAGGGCUCCACUAUGUCGUAACAGACCCUUGGGACUUUGCCCCAGGAGGUCUGUUAUUCAGAUGAAUGCUUGUUGCCACUUAGCAGCCCUUUUGGGCCAGAUCUGUCCCUCAAGGAGAAGAUAUAAUGCAGUUUUGGGGAGAGGUGAUUAUCCCAAGUGGACUGUGGGUAGGGGGCUGGCCUCAAACUGUGAGAGGGUGAGGGAAGGCAGGGCCCAAGCUGCUGCCCACAGCCUUGGGCCUGGGCCAUGCAUAGGGCAGAUGGGAAGACUACUCACUGCCUCCCUUCUCUACCGCCCCCAGGGGCUGUACGUUUUCCUCAGGCCCUUAGCUCCUUUACACAGGGCCCUUGUGAUCACUGUCAGCUUCAGUCACUAUCUCAGGCUUACAGAAGAAGGAUGCUCUUGCCCCCAUAUAUGCCCAGCCUAGGGCCCCCGGCAGGCUUUAGAGCACUGUAUCCUGGGGUGUGGCGGGGGAGGGGGUAGAUUGGGAGGAUGGGUGAUAAAGGCCUGUUUUAUCCGCCCUCCCAUCCUUUCCUCCCUUCAGUCACCCACUUUCCUCUCCCCCACUCAUUCACUUGUGGGCCCAGUGAAAUGGGUCGAGUCAGAGCCCCCUUUGUACCCAGGCAGGGGAAGGAAAAGAGGUUUGCCAGCCUUACUUCAAUAUGAGGGUCCUCCCUCACCAGCCCCACCAACCCUACCUCCCAUACUAGCUUCUGAGCCUUGUACUUGUCCCCAAGUAGGCUCUGGCCAGGAGAGACAAGUAUUCAGGCUUCAGGGCUCCCCUAAGCAUUGCUUACCCCUUGCCUGUGGACCAAGCCUGUGGUGGCUUAGGCAAAUGUUCUUACUGGGGCCCCACCCCCAUGCUCUCUCUCUAAGUCUGAGGGUGUCCGGACCGCUGGGAGCUGGCCAGAGCUCUGAGCAGCAGGGCCCUUGUCUUGUGGGCAGGGCCAGGCACUAAUGUUGAUUUCCUGGAUUAUGUCAGGGAGAUGAGAAAGGCAGUGGAGCGGUUCCUCUCUGAGGGAGGGAAUGGAGCUGCAGCCUUACUGAUGAUGUCAUCCCAAGCUGAAGGGAUAGAGGAGCUUGGGGGCUUGGCUCAAGGCCAGUUAUAAGGAGGGUAAAGGGAUAUCCCCAGGACAAGGCAGUUGAGCAUUCCUGGAUUUGGGAGGGACUUCCAGAGCAGCUCACGCCAUCCCCUGGUUUCUGCGAGAGAGACAGAGAGCGAGCCUCAACCAAGAUUCACUUUUGGUUGUCACAUCUGUCCACACGCUGUCCUGCCAAGGAUGUUUGUGUCUCCACGUGAGUCACUAGGAGCCCCCCACAGGUAUCCUCCUCCACAGCUUAGGGAUGGGGAAGGUAAACCAGUCCUGGCAAAAUAGGCAGCAGGACACCCGUGCCUGGGUCCCAGGGUUUGUGGUGGGGAGAGCAGUCCCUCCAGUUUCCACUUGCACAUGCCCUGUACACUCACACACACAUUUUUGGCACACCCGAUGCCCUCAAUACAAAUCCAGUGCCUCAUGUUACCUACUCACAAAAUUCCCUCUGCCUCCUCCCUGUUUUUCUGGACUGACCUCCACCUUCCCUCGUCACCUCCACAUACAGCUGGUUUGGAACAGCCACAUUUGCUGCAGGACGAGGGGAGAAGAGGGGAUGGGGACUGGAGAGGACCCCUAC